AUGCGAGAAGACGCAGACAAGCCCCCAGCCGAUCAAGACCCAGACGCCAAUCAGAACAAGAGAGGCAAGCUCUUGACAACUCCGACACGACUCCUAAAGCUCAUCGUCCCCCUUCCCAUACGCCCCCUGUCCUACGUCGAGCGACUGAUCCAGGCCGAGCUCCCUCCCGUCGUGGAGGACGGCAAGGAGAAGAUCCCCAACAUCUACUUCCGCGCCGAAGACUCGGCAGCGUCCGAGAACCGCCCCACCACCCGCAAAGAGGCCCGCGCAAAGGAUAAAGCACACGACGACGAUGGCGAAGAAGAUACCCCCGAGCACCCGCACGUGGCAUCCUACUCGGGGCUAGGCCACGAGGCCGAGGACACGCACGCCGACAAGGACAAGGCGGGCCGCGAGUUCGCCAUCGAGGUCGAGGGCUACAACCUCGAGAUGCGCGUCUCGGUGCCGAGCUUCAACGACCGGACCUACUACAUGCGCAUGCGGCUGCGGCGCAUGUCGCGCCAGAUCGAGGAGCUAGCGGGGAUCAAGCGCGAGUGCGACGAGGUCGCCCACCGCUCCGCCCACCGCCUGGCCCAGGGCGGGUUCGCCGCCCUCGCGGGCUGGUGGGGCGUCGUGUACUAUGUUACCUUUCAGACCGAGUGGGGCUGGGACCUGGUCGAGCCGGUGACGUACCUCGUCGGCCUGACCACCAUCAUGGGCGGCUACCUGUGGUUCAUGUACAUCAGCCGCGACCUGUCCUACAAGGCCGCCAUGAACGUCACGGUCAGCAAGCGCCAGAACGCCCUCUACGAGACCCGCGGCUUCGACAUGCACCGCUGGGAGCAGCUCGUCAACGAGGCCAACGGCCUGCGCAGGGAGGUCAAGACCAUCGCCGCCGAGUACGACGUCGACUGGGACGAGAUGAAGGACCUGUCGUACUCGAAGCGCGUCAAGAAGGUCCUCGAGAAGGAGAAGCAGAAGCGUGGCGCGGCGCGGGAUGAUGACGAGGGCGAUGAGGAGGAGUCGGCUGCUGAGGAGGAGGAAGUGAAGAGUGAGAUGGUCCGCGGUGGCAGUGGAGGUAGCAGUGGCAGUGGUGGUGAUGGCAAGAAGAGCGAGUAG